AUGUGUCCAGAGCUCCCUCAGGGUGCUGUUGUUAAGAGUUGCCGCGGCCACGGGGCCAGUAACUGGAACCGGACCGCUCGUCUUGAUUUCGAGAUAGAUGAUCAGCUUCAUUCGUAUUUUCUCAAGAUCUUGACUGGCCCUAAAGGACGCGCCAUGGUACAUGGGGAAUAUGAAUCUAUGCGACUUAUACACGAGUCCGUCCCCAAGUUUUCGCCAAUGCCUCUGGCCUGGGGUUCAUGCACCGACCCGACCCAGCACUUCAUCCUUUUUACAUAUCACGAACUCUCGCAAGGGCUACCGCCCAUUCCUCAGUUCGUGAAUGCUGUGGCCCAGCUUCACACAGUUAAGCGGAACCCAAGUGGCAAGUUUGGUUUCCACAUUACCACAUACAACGGAACACUUGCGCAAGAUAAUACCUGGUGUGACACGUGGGAAGAGUUCUAUGUGAAGGGGAUGGAGAGAAUUCUGGAGUUAGAAGAGGACGCUCGAGGGCCAAGCAGUGAACUGCGAAAGAUUUCGGCUCCCUUCCUGUCCAAGGUGAUCCCCAGGCUUCUUCGACCACUCGAGACUCAAGGGAGGAAAAUUGAUCCGGUACUAAUACAUGGAGAUCUCUGGAUUGGAAAUGUUUCGGCACAGGCAGGAAGCUGUGAUCCUCUGAUGUUCGAUGCGUCUGCAUUCUGGGGCCACAAUGAAUAUGAGCUGAGCACCAUGCGACCACUGAACAAUGAAUGGGCCAGAGAAUGUAUGGAGAGCUAUCAUGCACUUGUUCCCAAAUCAGAGCCAAUCGAAGACUGGGAUGCUCGGAAUUCGCUCUACGCAAUCCGUACUUAUGCGCAUGAUUCAGCGCUCUACCCAGACGAGCCCAAGUUCAGGAAAAAACUCACGGAAGAAAUGCAGAACCUUGUUGCACAAUUUGCUGAGGAUCACAACGAAGCUAGGGGUUGA